AUCAAAAAGUUCCGUUCAUAUACUGCAGAUGACUUGCCUAUGGAGCUAGGAGAUAAGAUUUCAACAAGCCGUUGAUAGCAACUUGCAGGUGUGUCAUGAAAGGCAUCUACUGGGUAGUUUGGGUCUAUCUGUGUAUGUGCCAUGCCGUCAGGUUACCCAUAUUACUGAAAAUGAAAACGUACCACAAACCCGAUGAUGCUUGUAACAAGUACGCGCUCAAGGAUCUGGCGUCGUUUGCCUCAUCCAUACCAAGCGUUCUGGCAAGGCUUAUUUUCCCCAGCAUUCCGAAGACCUGCAGUACAUAUACCACUCAACGUGAAGCUGGGGCCGGUAGUGAGCUCUUUUUUGAAUCGAGCACUCGCUUCCUAAGGGUAACGCAGUCAUUUCAGAAGUCCAUCUGUCGUCUAGGCAUGAACACAAGUUUCAAGUGACUGGGUCGCAAAUGGCCGUCGCCCACCUGAACUUGCGAUUAUGCCUGAUAUGUAGUCAAGCGACAAGGUGGUUUCCGUUGUCGUAACCGGGGUAAUUGGUGUCCGAGUAAACAGCGUCUUGUAGGCGAAAUAUGAUCGGGCUAGAAUCGUGCAGUUGCCUUCUUGAAACAUGAGCCCGAUGGCCCUUGACAUCU